AAGAAAAUCUGCCCACCAUACUGCUGUCAGAAUGAUCUUUCAAAUAUUCAAAAAGACAAACUAUGAAAAAUUUAGGACCUAAUUCGCGUCCACGGCUCCUCUUGUCGUUUCCCCGCUAUCAGUUCCCUAACUCCAGCGACCCCACACCAGACAAGCCAUCUUUUCCUUAGCGCUUCCUCCUUCCGGGCUUUCUUCCCCCUGCCAAAUGCAACACACCAGCCGGGCUCUGCUCUGAAAACGACCCCCCAGGCCCAAGGGUCUGUUUAGGCAUCCCUUGUCCUGGGCUGCCAACUUGCACCUGUGCCUCCACCACAGUCCUUAGCACGGCCUACCGGACUGCCCCUAGCUCAGGCUCCCAGCGGGUUUUGAGCCCUGUGAUGGCAGGACUAUCCUGUUCUCCCGUGUAGCGCCCCCAUGUCCCCGCAGCCUACAGCUGGCACCCACACGGGACUCUCCGAGAACAGAGAAAACGUGAAUGAAAGAAAAAGGGUGAAGACUGAAAAUUAAUUAUUCGGAUGGAGUUGCUUCAACUAAUCUUGAUCUUUGGGGACGGCGGUCUGAGGUAAGUAUUCCUGCCUGGUGACCGUUUCUGAGAGCCGGAAUCCCAGCACGGACCGGGCGCCUCAGCGUCGGGCACAGCCGCCCGCCCCGUCGGGGCCGGCCGGCCGCUCUGACGCGGGCGGCACUCAGUCGUCAGCACGCGGGCAGCCUCGCUCACAGAGGCGGCCUCGCUCACAGUCGCUGCCUGGAGCCCGGCGCUCGCCCUUCCCGUCCCGGGCAAGCACGGCCGCCGACUGGGGUCCCGAAGGCUGUACAUGCGGGCGUGCCCAGUACCGGGCGAGCCUGCCAGCACCUGGGAGAGGCCAUCCCCGGUCUCCUCCGCACGCCGCGCGGCUGCCCGAAGCCCCGCGCCGCUCCCGCGCGCCCAGUACGCCCUGGGAAGCGCGCGCGCUACCGGCUUAACGGUUCUGGCCCCGCGGGGCUGCGGCCGCGCUCGAGGCCAGCCACCCGAGGCCCCGCCCCGCGCCCGCCUCGCGCCCCUCGGAGCCGCCGUCGGCCCCGCCCCCGCCAUCCCCGCAGCUCUCGGCCUCAAGCAGACGCGCGGCGGGAGCCGUUCCCCGACGGGCAGCGGGGCGCUGGGUCGCCGCGUUUGGGCUGAGCGCGGCGACGCUGCUGCCCCGAAAUCCUCCCCGAUCUUGAGGCGGUAA